AUGGUGAUCCCACUUCGGAGUCACACGGCAACCGACGCCAGAAGAGCCUACCUGGAAUGGAUUCGGUUCAUGGGGGUUCCACAAAGGCUCUACACCGACCUUGGAAAAGAGUUUUGCUCAGCAUUUCAAGAUGGAGCUGAACUGGAUGAAACUUUGGUGGAACCCAGUGCACUAGAAAUGCCCACUCAGAGAUCCAUCACCGAGAGGGCUGGGAAGAACUUCAAGGAGAUCCUGGUGAAAGCAAUGGACAACUAUGCCGUGCAAUCGGACUCGGAAUGGCGAGACUUGGUAGAUAUUGUGAACGUGACGGAGAUCUACAAAUUCAGCGAGCUCAGACGAUGCGAUUGGCUGCUGCGAGAGCAUUCCAUGAAGUCGAAUGCCAACAAGCACUCACCAAUUCACUACAUGCCGGAAGACGAGAAGUCACAGAUUUUGAAGUGGGUCAGACCGUCUUCUUCUGGAGGAAAGCGCCAGGAGAUCAGGCAGACAACCUUCAAGCCAAACGACGUGGCUGAUUGUCCCAUCGACUACAACCGACUCAAGGCACAAAGGAGGACCACUAUGUACUUUGAGGAUGGGACCACACAAGAAAUAGUUGAUGAGUGGCAUGGAGAACCUCUUCUACAAGACCAUCGCUGGAAAGGAAGAACAGAGUUUCAAAUGGAUGAUGACCUACUGCCAUGGGAGAAGACCGAGGCAGAGAAACCACACCAGGAGAAGAUCUACGAAGAUCCCAGCAUGCGAGAAGAGAAGGAAGAACAUGGAACGAAGAGAACAAUGGAAGAUGAUGAAGAAGAAGCCACAGGCUUUGAGAAAAAGGCGAGAAGAGAGGAAGAAGAACAAGCCAAAGAAUCUCGAGGAAUGUCCCGAGCUCUAGAAGAAGCUGAAGAAAGUGACCCUCCUGGACCUGCGAAACGAAAAAGAAUUGACUGGAUAGAGAUGAUGAUGGCGACAUUGACGCCCGAGAUCAAGAAGCAGAAAGGACAAAAAGAAAUAAAACUGAAAGAGCUGUUACAAGAAGACCGGACGAAGUUCUGGAAAGCCAUCAAGAAGGAGGUCGACAACAAUAUACAAACGGGAGCCUAUGAGAUCCUCUCACCAGAAGAGUCAGAGAAGAUUCGACGAGAAGGGCAUCACAUCUUGCAAUCUCGAUACGUACUGGUCGAGAAGCGAAUCGAGCCAGAUGAG